UUGACUUCAAAACAUUCUACUGAGGGACAUAAAGCACAACAUUCACUUUGAGCCAAGAACCUUAGCAGGAAGAUGGGCAGGCAAAAGAUUUUGCUGGAUAAGAUAGCUCAUGCCUUACAAAUCCGUAAUAAGUUAUUGCGCCAGGGACUGGCUGAACUAUUGGGCACCCUAAUACUUGUGAUGUUUGGCUCUGGCGCAGUGGCUCAAUUAGUGCUCAGUGAAGGAUCUCACGGCAUCUUCCUCGCUGUAAACCUGGCCUUUGGCUUUGCAGCCACACUUGGAAUCUUGGUGUGUGGUCAAGUCUCAGGAGGACAUCUGAACCCAGCUGUAACUUUUGCCAUGUGUCUACUUGGAAGGGCCAAAUGGAGAAAAUUUCUGGUAUACGUUUUGUGCCAGACACUUGGUUCCUUUUUUGGGGCUGGUAUUAUCUUUGGCAUGUAUUAUGAUGCUAUCCAGGUAUACCAUAAAAAAGAAGGCAAACUACCAUAUGGAAUUUUCGCCACCUACCCCGGCGAACACCUUAGUACCGCAAAUGGGUUUUUUGAUCAGGUGAUAGGCACAGCUGCACUGAUCGUGUGCAUCCUGGCAAUUGUAGACCCAUACAACAACCCUGUCCCACAAGGACUGGAGGCCUUCACUGUUGGAUUCACUGUACUUGUCAUUGGGUUAUCUAUGGGCUUUAAUUCGGGCUAUGCCGUAAACCCAGCCAGAGAUCUAGGACCUCGUCUUUUUACCUCCAUUUCAGGCUGGGGUUCCCAAGUCUUCACCAUGGGGAACUACUGGUUCCUGGUGCCUAUCUUUGCCCCAUUCCUGGGUACAAUCAUUGGGGUGAUUUUGUAUCAAUUGAUGGUGGGCUGGCACACAGAAGGGGAGGCACGGGAGAAGCAAAAUAAAACAGAAGAGCUGAAUGUCAAGCUGAAUGAUAUUAAUUCUUCAGCUCCAUAAGCUGGGUUGAUCAGCAUAGCAACAAGGCCUGCCACUGUUUUGCUCAUGAUUCAAUUGGUUAUGAACAAUGAUACACUUUAAAGGGGUAUUCUCGCCUAUUGUGUAGGGAACCUGCAUAUAGCAAAGCAAAGGUGAUAUUUUUAAAAACUCUUUCUGUAUCAUGAUCAUGCUGAGAUUUCUUUGAGACAUGUACACACACUUGUUAAACUUUAGUUUUGUAAAUAGAUUUUUGAGUCUGCAUUCUUUAAGGGAAGAAACCUAUGGGUCACUGAUGAAAUUCUGUUAUAUGUCAAGCAUUAUGUCUUACCUAAUUUCUUUAGAAGUCUGAGAAACUGGGAAAAUAGGUACAGAAUUCACCAUAAGCUACUUUUCUUAUCUUUUUACAGUAAAAAUGACUAUGUCUUUGGGCAUUGCUGCUAUAUUUGGCAAAGCCAUGUCAAUUUUAAUACCUGUUUACUUGGGUUUUUUUUUUAAAAAACGAAAAAUAAACGCAAUGCAAAAAGAUAUUUGUCCUGCCAAAACAAGAGCACCGCAUUUUGACUUCAUUUAUAAUUUUAGCAGUUUAUAUAGACAGUGGCCCACUGCUUUUCUUACUGCCUUUUUUUACCUACCAAACAAGCAUUUAAAUUUGCAUGGCAUUAUAAUUUUAAUGUAUCAUCAGAAUAUUUUACAUUUCUAGUUAUAGUUAUUAUGAGCACUGUUAUGCAAAUUACUUUUGAUAUUGAAAAACUUUUGAACUUUGCAUUUAAGUUUGUAUUUUGUACACUUUAUGCUACUUUAAACAUGCAAAUAAAACCCAUAUACCUUG